AUGGGUGAGCAAGCCAAAAAGAGGAAGCACCAGGAAGUCACAGCAGAAACCGGAAGUCAUGAUUCGUGUGACACAGGCAAAAAUACCACAUCAAGAUGGUCAGAAUGGUUCGGAAUCAUGUCCAUCAUUCGGAAUCGUGUCCAUCGAAAAAGACUCAAGCCCUGUAUUUCAUGGCACCAGAAAGAGGAAGAGAGAAGAAGGCGACUUUCUUCGGCCUGCGGCGAAACCUGCGGCGAAACCUGCGGCGAAACCUGCGGCGAAACGCCUUCAAUCCUGAGGCCGAGACUUGGUGGUGGCGAAGAAAAAACUUUGUUUAGAUAUGGUACGGCACCAGAACAUACGCUGAAUGAGGUAAAAGAAUCCGCUGACAUUUGUCAUAAGUAUGCAUACAACUUCGACCAGACGCUUGAUAGUUUCAGUUCGAAGACAGCUUCAGAAACAACAAAGGCUCCGGAUUUCCUUGAACCCGCUAUAUCAAACGAUUUGAACACAGAUAGCGUGUUUAGCAUUGACGAGGUCAAUGCUGCCGUCGCUAUCCUUACCCUCAUCUCUGACAUUUGCAGAUAUGGUGAAAGGCUGUCUACUGAGGACCAAGCCAUACUGCGUAACGCCUUGAAAAGGAUGCCAUACCUCUUGACGUCUAUAGGACGACAAAGGAAACCCGAACAGGCACUCAUGUUUCAGAUAAAGGUCUACGAAAACCCCGAAUCCGCAAGCUGGGGGACUAUUGAAAGCUUCGACACUUUGCAAGUUAUGUUGGAAUUGCUGGAGAGGUUUGACAGCUUUGCGGAGCUGUAUCCAAGAGAGGGACCAGGAGGUAUUUUUAUAGCAUGA